AACGUCAUGGCCCACAACACUUCCUCUUCUUCUUCUCACAGUUGGACUUUUGGAUUUCUUAUGGCAGCUGCAGUUGUGACUGCUCAGCAGAAUCAAGAAAAUUUGUUGGCCAAGGAACACGAACUACUCCAUAGAAUAAAGCGCCAAACAGACGGAACUUCUUUCAAAACCGUUACUUCACUACUCGAAAGGCGAGAGAGAACAGGGAACCUGAAGUCCAGCGCUAAAGCUAAUAUCACACAAAGGUUUGUUCCCAACUUAUUUCGUGCAUAUGUGUCCAAGUGCAGUCGCCGUAUUUAUGGUGGUUUCUUCUCUCCCGAUGGUACCCUCUUUUGUAGUUCAGAACAAGAUGAUGCCAUCAAUAUUUUCCAGACAGACUGUUGCGUCAACUCUUGGAAGCAUAUCAAAGCAAUUCCUUGUAGAAACGUCAAUUGGACAGUAACAGAUAUGAGUAUGUCUCCAAACCAGUCAUUAUUGGCGUUUACUUCUAUCACAAGUUUGGUGCAACUAGUGGGAGUAGCUAGUGACUCCUCAUUCUAUCAAUGCGUAUCGUUGGGAACUCGUUCAAGUGAAGGUUUUGGUUUGUGGUCUAUACGAUUCUCCCCGAGUGGUUCUCAACUUUUGGCGGGUUCUGCAAAUAAUGCUGUCUUAUUGUAUGACUUGAGUAGGCAAGAACUAUUGGAGAAUCUUUCUUCUCAUGUCGAUGAUGUCAAUGCAGUUUCUUUUUUGGAUGAUACCGGAAAUGUCUUUGUUUCUGGUAGUGAUGAUAGUUUUUGUAUGCUUUGGGACCGCAGAACUCAACAGAAGAAGAAUGGUCCUAUUGGUAUCUUUGCGGGUCAUUCCGAUGGAAUCACUUAUAUAUGUCCCAAAGGAGAUGGUCUCUAUUUUAUUUCCAAUUCAAAGGAUCAGACUAUCAAGUUGUGGGAUACACGUAAAAUGGUAUCCACAAAUGAUUGGAAACAGUUACUUUCCACUAGGCCUCCUAGACAUGUAUGGGACUAUCGUUGGAUGGAAUAUCCUCGUCCAGUAAAUGUUGGUAGAGUCCAUGAAAAGGAUACUUCAUUGCGUACUUUUGUGGGUCAUCAAACUUUGAAAACUCUCAUUCGGUGCCGUUUUUCUCCGCAAUCUACAACUGGACAACGUUAUGUGUAUUGUGGUUCUCAUGAUGGGGCCGUUUAUAUUUAUGAUAUUGUUCAAGGUGAAUUGAUGACACAAUUGAAAGGUCACAAGGCAGUUGUUCGUGAUGUUGAUUGGCAUCCAUAUUUACCAGUGAUGGCUUCUAGUAGUUGGGAUGGAACAAUUGCAUUGUGGUCGAGUCAUCCAUGGCAGACAACUGUUUGGAGAGAUGCCGAGGAUACUCCUUUAUGGGAUAGUUUAUCAGAAGAAGAAGAUGAUGAUGAUGAGGAAAGUGAAUAUUCUGAAGAGAGUGAUGAAGAAAGUGAAUGUUCGGAUGAGGAGUCGGAUGAGGACGAUUGCAGUGAUAGAGAAGAUACUGACGAAGAUUCAUCCAGUUGAAUUUUAUAAAACAACCUUCAACUGCGCUUAUGAUGAUGA